AUGUCCCCAACCCAUAUCAAUCCGGCCAUGGCCAGCCACUUAUCCUCAACAACACCAGCAGUCUAUACAGCAACCCCAAACUCUCUUCCAUCACCAGCAGCAGCAGCAACUCCCGUUACAGCCCUCUCCGCAGAUGAUCCCGCAGACACACCCGCAUUUGCUCCAACAGCAGCAAUCGCCUCGUCCGCGGCCUCAGCAACAUGCCUUUCAAGCUCAGCAGCCUCAAUCGCACCAGCAGCAAAGGCCAUCACCCCUUAUUCAACCUCAACACCGACAAUCGCCUUUGAUGUCUCAGCAACACAUACAGCAGCAACAAUCCCCUCGUCCGAGGCAUCAACAGCAAUCUCCAAGCCAGGCCCCUCGACCCCAACUACAAUCCCCAGCUCAGAUAUUCCAAAUGCCGCAGAGGUCUUCUGCGCAAAUUUCGAGACCCCAGCAGCCCCAGGAACCUCCUCAAUUACCCCGAGCGCAAGAGUCUCCGGUCCCGUUGUCACAGCCGCCGCAACAACCUUCUCCGCGGCAAAUACCACGACCUCAGCAACAGUCGCCUGCUCAGAGACCCGCCCAGAUACCCCCACAGAUACCUCCACUGCGGUCAAAUCCUCAAAUCCAACCGCACAUUCAACCACCUGCACAGGCUGCUCUGCCGAAGCAGCACAGAAGCAACAGCAGACGCAGCAGAAGCAGCCCGCUCCUACAGCACCCGCUCAACAACAGACACUCCCGCCUCAGGUUUCCCAGGACCCGCAAAAACCUCCCAUUCAAGCACCUCAACCGCAAACUAAACCUGCUCCACCUCCAGCGCAGCCACCCCCCCCUUCUCUGCCGCCUCCAGAGCCACAGCAGGAGUUUGUCAAUCCAGCUAAUCUGUUUGUGAACCCUGCCAAUUUGUUUGUCCAAACACCUCUUCCCGCUGCGCCGCGUUCCUGGUUCACCUCAUCUCAAUUCGAUUCAAGUGCCUUGUCGGAGACUGUCUUGGAUGAUCUUCCACCUAUUUCUGAAGCUCCCCCGACUCUCCCACCAGAAAAUCCCCCGCAGUCUGCUGCAUCGCCCUCUCCAGCUGAGCCAUCCCAGACUGCACCCUCCGCCCCCGCUCCUUUACAAGCCUCGGGGACUCCAGGUGUCCCAAGUUCAACAAGCGCCCCGAGCGCUCCGGGCGCCCCAAAGGCAGCCUCUGUCAGUGGAAAGUCAACGACUCCAUGGCAAUCUAGCUUCCAGCUCCAGCCAUCCCAGCCUGUUAAGCCUGAGAUGCAAGUCCAGACCCCAGCCAAGCCUAAGCCUUCCCCGAAAGUUGAAGCAAAGCGGGCACUAUCUGCUGCCAAACCACCGCAGACUCCAAAGGCAACUCCGAUGGUUUCGAGGCCUGUUCCAUCUCCGAUCACGCCUCAGAUCAUGGUCCCGGCACCAUCUCAAGAGUUUCAGGCACACUUGACCAAGCAGCCUAAAAAGCAACAGCAGCAGAAAAAGCAGACUAGUCAACAGACUGCCGAAAGGGCCGCUAAGCCUAGUAAACCUCCGGUUGACUACCAGGUUUUACUAUUGUCUCUAGCUGAUGAGUAUCUUAAUGCUGCACACAGUCUAGGGAGCAUAACAGCAUUAGCAAAUGAUCACUUGGAGGUUGAACAGUAUUAUAAGUUAAUUGCUACGGGACUGGGUUGCUUGGAGGCCGUAUUAAAAAACUGGCGAUUACCGCCCCGCCAUGAAGCACUUGUACGGCUCCGAUAUGCACGAACACUAUUUGAAGAAACCGAUAACGACAUUGAAGCGGAAACUGCCUUGAGUAAAGGGAUUGAUCUUUGUGAACGAAAUCGUAUGUUGGAUUUGAAGUACAGCAUGCAGCUUCUACUAGCACGCAUGCUCCACAAGACCAACUCCAAGGCUUCGCUCAAGGCAAUCGAUGGUAUGAUCCAAGACGUCGAAACGUACCGCCAUACGGCUUGGGAGUAUGCUUUUCGCUUUCUCCGAGUAUCUUUAUCGUUAUCAUCUUCUUCUCAUCAAGAAACCCUUCAUGCUCUGCAGCAUCUCAACAAGAUCACAGCUUUGUCUGGUCGUAAUGCAGAUAAGGCCGUGUCUGCAAUGGCGGCCGUUAUCGAAGCGCUGGCCCAUUUACAGCAAGGUUCAGGUUCUGAUGCUAUCGAGCAAGCCCAGCGGGCCAUUGCUUCAGCACGAAGUCAUCAGCUCAAUGACGAACUUCGCAAUAUACCCCAACUCGUUACUCUAAUACAGAUGGUAGACAUCUGCUGCAGUGUUCUCGAGUACGACAUCAAUAGUUCUUCACAAAAGCUGAAGGCUAUGCAGGACAUGAUAGAUCAGACGCUCAAUGAUCCUAUUUGGCGCCAAGACGGGUCCUUUUCCGUUCCGCUUAAUGGUAAAUCUCCCCCAGGGCCUUCUUCGAUGGAUACUGGAGAUAUUCUUCAGGUUGAGAAUGGGACGCUGUUUUUGAGCUUUACCUGGCUUCCUCAGCAUGAUCUCUAUGCCCUUUCCUACUUCUUGAGCUCUGUCACUUUGAGUGCCAAGAACUCCCACGACGGUCGAAAAGCAGAGAAGUACCUGGACGAAGGGUUACGAAUGGUUCAAGGUUCCUUCACAUCCCCACAGGAGAUUUCAGAGUCAAUGGUCACCGCAGCGAAACGAGUUGAAUGGCGCCGUUCUCUAUACUGCAACUUUUUGCUACAGCGAGUCUUUCUCGCCUGUUCCCGGACCGACUGGGAUCUAGCAAGCCAAACCCUCAAGGAGCUCCGCCAAGCGAUGCAUGAUAUUGGCCCAAUCAACUGUACGCCAAUCGAGUGCUUGAUGGAAUACGCUGCCGGAACCAUCGCCCAAGCCACAGGGGAUCUCGCGGCUGCGCUGAAAAUCUUCCAAUCGCCUCUACUCUCCCUUUCCCCAACGGCCAGUAAAACCUCCCGCAACGACCCCUGCCGCGAUACAUGUAUUCUCGCAGCCCUCAACACCAUCCUUAUAAUCCGUGACCCCGCCCACCCAUCCCACUCCCAACUCCCCACCAUCCUCGAAAAACUCGAUACCUUCUGCCAGCACAGCCCAAACAAGUACAUCCAAGCUGCCUACUUCCUGAUCUGCGCAACCGUCCACACCGAUUCCACCAUUCAGACAAAGCAGCAUCUCCAGCAGGCCUUACAGUCCGCUACCGCAAUCAGCAACAGCCAGAUCACCUGCAUGACCCUGACCUUCAUGAGCUGGAAGUAUUUCCGCGGCGUGGUCGGCGAACAAGCCGAAAAGAGCGCCCGCGCAGGCCGCGCUAUGGCCAAGCGCGCGAACGACCGCCUGUGGGCUAGUGUUACGGACGAAAUGCUUGCCGAUACGCUCGAGCGACAAGGUAAGGGCGAGGAGGCGCGUGGUGUACGCGAUGAAGGGCAGCGGCUUAUCAUGGGGCUGCCGCCGGAUUUGAAGCGGUCUGCUUAA